CACUCUCUGCCCAGUUCCGCCCCCUCAUUCCGGCGGCCAAUGGGAGCCGGCCGUGCCCUGGGGCGCGGCCAAUGGGAGCCAGUGGGCGGAGGCGCGCUGCCUUCUAAGAAGCGGCGGGUGUUGGGGGUCUGGGGAACCCAGCGCUGGAGUGCGGCGGUAAUCGGCUUUACCACCAUGUCCCUGCAGGCUGAGUUUGACAGGGUCGCAGAAGACGUGAGAAAGCUGAAAAGGAGGCCAGAUGAUGCAGAACUGAAAGAACUCUAUGGGCUCUACAAACAAUCUGUCAUUGGAGACAUCGACAUUGAGUGUCCGGCAAUGUUAGAUUUAAAAGGCAAGGCAAAAUGGGAAGCAUGGAACCUCCAAAAAGGGCUGUCAAAGGAAGAUGCCAUGAGCGCCUAUGUUUCUAAAGCUAGAGAGCUGAUAGAAAAAUAUGGAAUUUAGAAUUCAGCAGAUGAGAAAUUUUUCCCUUUGAAGUCUUCAUAACGGUAUCAUGACCUAGCACUUAGGUGAGAAAUACACCGUGAACUCUUUACGUAUCGUGUGUAUUUUUGCUAUUAACAUGAAUUGUAAUCCUUAAUUAGAAGUAUGCUGAAACCACAUAUUUAACUAAAUUUUACUGCUAAAACCAAGUGAUUUAAUUUGAAAGUUCUUAAAAAUAAUGCUGCUCUGGGAGUAGGUGCACAAAAACAUUAGCAAGUGUCGGUUCUUUUGUCUUAUCUGUUUUUCUGCAAUGAGUUAGUGCUAUUGGUGUAAUGAAAACAGUUUAUUAAGAACCAGUGACAAGGCCCUUCCUUGGUUGUGCCAUGUAGCUUUUGGGUGCACACUGACUCAGGGCUUUCGCAAUCACAGACAUACCUGGUUCCCAUCCUUUCUCUGUGACUUAUUUACUCGGUGACCUGAGACAAGUUACUUAACCUUGCUAAGCCUCAUCUAUAGAGUAGGGAAAAGAAUAUCAGUCUCACGGGGUUGUAAGAAUCGAAGGAGAUAACUGUAAUCAUCAUACCUUCAUUUUAAAGCAAAUGCUGUAUAAAACCACAAAUAAGCCCCAAAUUUUUGUUAAUAAACUUAUGAGUCUAUCUACAACUCUUCAAAGAAAGAAAAAAACCAUCAUGGAGCUAUCGACUAUUUUUCUUUAAAUUUUUACGUUUAAGGUAAAUCAAAAAAUCAGACAGAAAUGUAGUAUCUAGUGAUAAGAAACUGUACAACUGCUGUGCCUCUUAUGUUUAGUUUUAUCAGAGGGAAAAUGUAGAUUCUGAAAUAUCACUUUGGCCCAAUUCUCAGUCUUUCCUGCCGGUACACAGGCUCCCUGAAAGAAGUCAGACUCAUUUUAACAGUUCUAAAAUCUGUUUGAGAGUCCAUAGGAUAAAUAGCCCCAAUACAGUGGACCUGCAUAAGAGUUUAGGUUUGAUAUGGUAUGGCCAGAGGAAUAGAUUGAUUUCAUGUUACUUUAAAAAAAAAAAAUCUAGAUUGACUAGAUGAAUUUUCAGGGAAUUAUGCUGAGUGAAAAAAUGCCAGUCCAAAAAGGUUUCAUACUGUAUGAUCUCAUUUAUGUCACAUUCUUGAAAUGGCAAAAUUAUGGACUAAGAGGGCAGAAUAGUGAUUGCCAGGGAGGAGGGGGGUGGGCGUGGCUACAAAAGGGCAGCAGGAGGGAUGCUGUUGUGAUGGAGGAUAGAAAGUUCCACAUCUUGACUGUAUCCAUGUCAAUAUCCUGGUUGUGACAUUACACUGGAGUGUUCCAAGAUGUUACCAUUAGGGAAAGUAGGUAACUCUGUACUAUUUCUAACAACUCCAUGUGAAUCUACAGUUAUCUCAAAAUAAAAAGUUUAAUGAAAAA